AAAAAGUUGUUUAGAAUUUGUAAAACGCUGUCAUAACCAAAAUCGUAACUGAAAAUCGCUUUUUUUUGGUUCUCGAGGAAUGAGUGAGAAUAAUUGAUAUUUAAAAAUGAUGGGAACUGAGAUUGAGCGAAUGGAGAAGCCUGGGAUCGAUGAGAGACAGUCCAUCAUUCAAGAAUAUGAAGCGAUUGUGGAGAGUCUCCACGCAGAUUUGAAGGACUGCAAGGAAGAACAACUUCGUUUACGAGUAGAAGUUGAAUCCCUUAGAAACGAGAAUCGAAUCGCAGUCGAAGUGGCAAGAACUUCGUUCUCUCACUCCAAUAAUACAGAGUGCCCUAGAAAUCUUGACGAUAAAGAGAGCAUCGACAAUCUCAAGCAGCAAAUAACACUGAUCCAAUUGGAGAAGGAUUCCAUGUUCCAACUCUGGCAGAUGGCCUUGAAGACAGUGGAAACCCUUGAUAACGAGGUAAAAACCUCCCACAAUGACGUGGCAGCCCACAGAUACUACGAGGAACAGGUGAAUCACGUCAAAGAGACUUACUGCGAGGCCAUCAAGGUUCUAGAGUCAAAGUUAGUUCAAGCUAAGGAAAAUUUUAUCAAACAUCAAGGUUUAUGGGAGUCCUGCAGGGAUCGAGUUGAAUGCCUCAAUCAGGAAAAAUCCGAACUUCAGAGAGAAAUCCAAAAUCUUCAGAAUGACUUGUUAAUCAACGAGGAAACUCAUAAAAAAAUUAUAGAGAACGUGAACGCGAAGUUGGAAGAAAUGAAACGGGAAUUGGAAGUGAAUAAAGAAUCCCAACAGAAAUUGGAAAUUGAAUUAGUCGAGACUCGAUGUCUAGCCACGAGAAUGGCAACCAAAGAUCAGGAAUCGAAAGCUAAAGUUGCUGAGGCGAUUGUUCUGGUGGAGACGGCAAUGAGAGAAAAGGAAAUGAUCAUGCAAAGAGAAGCCGCUGUUUUAGAAGAGAAAUCGAAACUAGAAUCUCAUUUGACGAAUGUGGCGGAGGAGUUUGCGAUGAAACUUGAGCGAGAAUUGUCAGAGUGUAAAGAUAAUUUUGAAAUGAAUUGUAAGAAAUAUUCUUUGGAUAUCAAGGAAUUAAAGUCAGAGUUGAGGGAAAAGGUGACUCUUCUUGAUCGAACACAGAGGGAAAUGCAGAUGUUAGAGGAGGAGAUGGAAAAGAGAAAACAUGGGAGUGAGGACUUUUUGCAGCGAUCAUCUUCCAGAGUUCUUGAAUUGCAACAGAAACUUAAGGAAUCUGAGGAGAAAUUGAUGAUUUGUGAGGAGACGAAUAAGAAAAAAAUCGAGGAAAAGAUGAGAACGUCUGAGAGUCGAAUUCUAGAACUUGAGGAUAAAUUAUCGAAUGCUAAUAAUCGGUUGAGGAAGAGUCAGUUGUUUGGGAAUAGGGAGAUGGAGGAAAGGAUCAGAGAAGCUGAUGAGAGAGCGAAGGAAGCUAUGGAGAGGUAUUCUGGGAUUGAGAAGAGGCUGACGAGGGCUCUGGAUGAGAGGGAGAAUGUGGCCAGUGAACUGAGAUCUCUACAAAUUACUUUUGAUAGGGAGAUCUCAAGGCGAGAGAACGAGAGGAGAUUACUGGAAGGAAGAAUUAGAGAGCUGCAGGAAGAUGUAAGGAAUGCUAAUGAUCUGGUUGAGAAAGCAGGGAUGAAGGCUAGCCAGUUGAAUUUACAAAUAGAGAAUUUGCAGAAGGCGUUGGAGGAAAGAAAAGGUCAAAUAAUAGACAAGGAUGAAGAUAUGAAUGCAGUGAUCAAAGAUAAAACGUCGAAUUUGAAUAUUCUUCGAGAGAAAUAUGAAGAGAGAAUUACGGAACUGACAAAGCAUGUCAGAACUCACCAGGAACUAUCCAACAAGUGGAAAGAAGAGGCUCAUUCUCUGGCUAAUAAAUUCCAAAUUCGAUACAGGGAGCUCAAGUCCAGAGUUUGUUCAUUGCGAAAGGAAAAUGAACAAUUAAAUAACGAAUUAUUGACAUGUCGUCAACAAGUGGCUCACUGCAGAGCACAAAUGACGCAGAGCUUCGAUGGUGAUUGUAGAUGACGUCGAAUUAGAAUUACCACAAUUAAUAGCGCCGUAUGUAGUGUAUCUGUAAAUAUGAAACAAAUCAUG